AUGUCCCAACCGUUGACAUCGACAAGAUUUUGUGCUACUUGUCGCAAUUUGUUAAGGCCAAUCAUCAAUCACGGUAGCGAGAGGCUUUUGAUGUGUUGUCCCACCUGUCGUUAUUAUGAGGAAGCCCAGCAAGAAGAUCGACGGGUUUUUGUCAAGGUUUUUUCGCGUGGAUCAAACAAUCUCUGUGAAUCGCUUGAAACCAAUCUCGCGUUGGAUCCAACGUUAAAACGUUGCAUCAUCGAUUGCAUUCAAUGCGAGAUGAAGACCACGGCUGUGGAGGUGCAUUCUCGAAGCAACGAGAAAAUGGACGUAAAAUGUGUGUGCGAAAGGUGUCGCACAUCGCAGGAUCCACCAAGGCCAAUUAAGUUGAGAAGAGAGAAAACUGCGGAAGAGGAGGAGAUGGGAAGGGAGACAGGGGAGGGAGCGUUCGUUGGUCAGGAUCAACGAAAUUUGAGCGAUUUUGCAUUUUAG